AUGGCGAGCUCGCGUGCAUGCGGGCUGUGGUGGACUUGGGCGGGCGAGAUGCUGCCCCUGGGCGGCAAUCUCGCCUCCAAGGCCAAACUGCCUUCCGAGAGCACCGAGGAAGCGCAGUGUUCGUCUCCACCGACAUCUAUCCCCUUUUGCACCUCCGAUUCAGUAUCGAUGGCAAGGGCGUGUGACUUUGGCAUGGCCGAUGUCCGCUCUUGCGUCUCCAAGCUCGCCGUCCAUCUCUUCUCCGGCGCACAGGAUGCUGUAACCCAACUGCAUAGCACCGGUCAAACCGCAUCCAUGCCAUUUCGGCUGACAUCCUUCCCGCCGCCCGAACACGCCGAUCGAAGAUGGCGACUCGCUGUCUUAGGCAGUCCCGCGGGCGCCAGUACCGUCAAGUGUGAGACCUUCUUCCGCGUUGCGCUGGAUUAUCAGCCCCUACCGUCGUUCCUGCACAGCACGGGCGUCAGCAGAAGUGCGUCUUGA